AAAGCUAACUCCAAAGUGAUCUUCCUCAGCUAAUUAUUUCAUUUCUCAAUUAUGUUUCCAAUUCUUGAUUUAGAUCCGCCAUUUCCAAUUUGAACCUAUAAUUGUCGUGUAUUUUCUUAUAACAAGUGAUGUGAGAUAGUUUCAUAUGCUUUUGAUAAUCAAUAGCAAAGGCGAUUUGAAUUUGCAAUCGGAUUGAAAUGUGACUCUUCUGAAUUUCGAGUCAUUUUUCCUUGUUGCCAGUGGCGCAGCACACAAAGCCAAAGGGGUUCAACGUCUACUAUAUAUGAAUUAAAAAAUAAUUUUAAUCAUGUAUAAACAGUGGAAUGAUUUAGCAAGAUGCUGCUUGAUUCGUGCUGUAACCUUUUGAUUCUUUUACAAUUUAAGUAAACUGAAUUAAAAGUUAAAUCAUGAUGGGGUGCCUUGAUGAUGUCAAUACUCCAUUGUCAGAGCCCAUGGGUUGUACCUUAAAGCCUUUCAAAGGUGCCUUAGCAUGUAUGGUAAAUUCAGAAAUUGGAGCUGUUUUGGCCGUUAUGAGGAGAAAUGUAAGGUGGGGAUUUCGCUAUGCUGCUGACGAUGAUCAACUAGAGCAUCCUCUCAUCCAUUCUUUCAAGGAAUUACGAAAAAAUAUCUUCUCAUGGCAACAUCAUUGGAACAGAGUUGAUCCUCUCCUAUAUCUUCAGCCUUUCUUGGAUGUGAUUCAAUCUGAUGAAACUGGUGCACCAAUAAGCGGUGUUGCAUUGUCAUCUGUUUACAAAUUCUUAACCCUUGAAAUAAUUGAUUCAGCUAUCAUGAAUGUGGAGAAAGCUUUGCAUCAGAUAGUUGAGACCGUGACAAGCUGCCGCUUUGAAGUGACUGAUCCUGCCUCUGAGGAAGUGGUGCUGAUGAAGAUACUUCAGGUUCUUUUGGCUUGCAUGAAAAGUAAGGCAUCAGCAAAUUUGAGUAAUCAUCUUGUGUGCAACAUUGUAAACACCUGCUUUCGACUUCUUCAUCAAGCUAGUGCCAAAAGUGAACUGCUGCAGAGAAUAGCAAGACACACAAUGCAUGAAUUGGUGAGACAUAUUUUCUCCCACCUGCCUUACAUUGACAGCAAAGCACAUGAAUUUCAUCAGCAAAGCAGAUUGCGUGCUGACCCAGAGGCAGGCGAAAAACAUCAUGACAAUGGUUGUGUUAGUGCAGAAUCCACUGGUAAGUCAGCAUCGGUUGCAGUUCCUUCCAGUGCAUCAUCAGUCAGCACUAGGGAUGAAACAACAGAUGAGAAAACUCAAAAGGAGGAGAUUACUGGUAAUAUAGAAACCCCUAUGAUGGAUCCAUAUGGGGUCCCCUGCAUGGUGGAGAUAUUUCAUUUCCUAUGCUCUCUUCUGAAUGUGAUGGAGUCCAUUGAAAUUGGUUCUAGAUCCAACCCCAUAGCGUAUGAUGAAGAUGUUCCCUUGUUUGCACUGGGUUUAAUUAAUUCAGCCAUAGAAGUAAGUGGUGCUUCUUCUGGAAAUCAUCCUGAGUUAUUGGCUCUAAUACAGAAGGACUUAUUCCACAAUCUGAUGCGCUUUGGCUUGUCUAUGAGUCCUUUAAUUCUUUCAACGGUCUGUAGCAUUGUUCUAAAUCUGUAUCAUCAUAUGCGUAUUAAGUUAAAGCUACAGCUUGAAGCUUUCUUCUCUGGUGUGUUAGUGAGGAUUGCCCAAAGCAAGCAUGGAGCUUCUUAUCAACAGCAAGAGGUUGCCAUAGAAACGCUUGUUGACUUCUGCAGGCAGCCCAUGUUCAUGCCUGAGAUGUAUGCUAAUUUUGAUUGUGACAUAUCUUGCAGUAAUGUAUUUGAAGACCUUGCAAACCUGUUAUCCAAAAGUUCCUUUCCGGUCAACAUUCCACUUUCAGCUUUAAAUACGCUUGCCUUGGAUGGUCUAAUUGCUAUGAUCCAGGGUAUGGCCGAGAGAAUAAGCCAGGAUUCAUUUGUUUCUGAACAAGCUUCAAUAGAUCUGGGUGAAUAUAGACCAUUUUGGACAGAGAUAUGCAAGGACUACAGUGAUCCUAAUCAUUGGGUUCCAUUUGUUCGUAAGAUGAAGUUCAUAAAGAGGAAAUUGUUGAUCGGAGUUGAUCACUUUAACCGAGAUCCAAAAAAGGGUAUGGAGUUUCUCCAAGGAGUUCAUUUAUUACCUGAGAAACGUGACCCAAGAAGUGUCGCAUGCUUUUUCAGGUAUAUGACUGGCUUAGAUAAGAAUCUUAUCGGAGAUUUCCUAGGAAGUCAUGAAGACUUCUAUAUUCAAGUGCUUCAUGAAUUUGCUGGAACAUUCGAUUUUCGGGACAUAAACUUAGACAUAGCCUUGCGAAUCUUUUUAGAAACUUUCAGAUUGCCUGGAGAGUCACAGAAAAUACAGAGGGUGCUUGAGGCAUUUGCUGAGAGAUAUUAUGAGCAGUCACAAAAUAUUCUGGCCAACAAAGAUGCUGCACUGUUGUUAUCAUAUUCAAUUAUUCUGCUUAACACAGAUCAACACAAUGCACAGGUCAAAAAGAAGAUGACUGAGGAAGAUUUCAUCCGCAAUAACCGGAGGAUAAACGGAGGAAAUGACCUCCCUCGGGAAUUUUUGUCUGAGCUUUACCACUCCAUCUGUGAGGAUGAGAUCCGGAUUGCCCCAGAUCGAGGUGCUGGUAUACCAAUGAUGGCACCAAGCCACUGGAUUGGUCUAGUUCAUAAAUCAAGGCAAACUUCACCAUAUAUUGUCUGUGAUCCUGGUCCUUAUCUUGAUUACGAUAUGUUUGCUAUGUUGUCUGGUCCUGCAAUUGCUGCGAUCUCUGUGGUUUUUGAUAAUGUGGAGCAAGAGGAUGUUUGGGAAACUUGUAUCAAUGGAUUCCUUGCCAUUGCCAAAAUUGCAGCUGCCUAUAGCUUCGAUGAUGUGUUAAAUGAUUUGGUAGUAUCUCUUUGCAAGUUCACUACCCUUUUGCUUCCAUCUUAUGUUGAUGAGUUUAUUGUUGCAUUUGCGGAAGAUGGUAAAGCUAGAUUGGCCACAUUAGCAGUCUUCACAAUAGCAAAUAAAUAUGGAGACCAUAUUCGCUCUGGUUGGAAGAACAUCCUAGACUGCAUUUUGAGGUUGCACAAAUUGGGCCUUCUCCCCACACGUUUCUUUAGUGAUGCUGCUGAUGACUUAGAUUCUACUGCUGAUGCAGACCCUAGGAAACCUGCUGCACUUUCUCCAUCACCAUCUCAUUUACAUUCACUCUCUCAUUCAAGGAAAUCAUCUGGCUUAUUGGGUGUAUUUAGCCAACUGUUAUAUCUUGAUGAAGAACCUGCACCACAGCCAACUGAACAACAGCUUGCCGCACGUCAGCAGACUCUUCAGACGAUUCAGAGUUGUCACGUUGAUAGCAUCUUUGCCGAGAGUAAAUUUUUGCAAGCAGAGUCCCUUUUACAGCUUGUUCGGGCCCUUGUGUUGGCUGCCGGCAAGCCUCGCAGAGGAAAUAACUCUCUGGAAGAUGAAGAGACUGCAAUAUUUUGUCUAGAGUUGCUUAUUGCUAUCACAAUAAAUAAUCGGGACAGAAUAAUGCUUCUUUGGCAGGUUGUCUAUGAUCACAUAGCAAGUGUUGUCCAUUUAACAACAAUGCCGUCUACUUUGGUAGAGAAGGCUGUCUUUGGUCUGCUUCGCAUAUGCCAAAGGUUGCUCCCAUACAAGGAAAAUCUGACAGAUGAGCUUCUCAAGUCCCUGCAACUUAUCUUAAAGCUUGAUGCUCGGGUUGCUGAUGUGUUUCUGGAACAUAUAACUCAGGAGGUUAUGCACCUUGUCAAAGCAAAUGCUAUGCAGAUACGAUCUCAUGUAGGCUGGCGGACAAUCAUAUCUCUGCUUUCUUUUACUGCUCGGCAUCCAGAAGCAUCUGAAACUGGAUUUGAGACGCUAUCGUUCAUCAUGGCUGAUGGAGCCCACCUCUUGCCUGCUAAUUAUGUCCUCUGUUUGAAUGUGGCGGCGCAGUUCGCUGACUCUCAUGUUGGAAAUGUUGAUCAAUCUGUGAGAUCUUUAGACCUGAUGGCUGGAUCACUUGUUUCUCUGAUUAGAUGGUCUCACAAGGCAAAGGAAGCACUUGGGCAGGAGGCUGCUAUAAAAAUGACCCAGGAUAUAACAGAAAUGUGGCUCAGGCUGGUACAGGGACUCCGAAAAUUUUGUUUGGACCGGAGAGAAGAGGUAAGGGAUCAUGCCAUCUUGAUGCUGCAGAGGUGCUUGACUGGAGUUGAUGGGAUCUAUUUUCCUGAAGAUUUGUGGUUGCAAUGUUUUGAUCAGGUGAUAUUUACAUUGCUGGAUGAAUUACUCAAUCUUGCCCAGCCGAGCUCGGUGAAGGGUUAUAGGAGCACUGAAGGAGCAAUAGUUUUGGUACUGAAGCUCAUGUUCAAAGUAUUUUUACAGUCUUUGCAUCAUCUCUCCCAGUCGACAUCUUUCUGCAAACUAUGGUUAGGGGUAUUGAGUCUAACAGAGAGAUGCAUGAAGGUGAAAUUCAAAGGGAAACGGAGUGAGAAGAUCCCUGAACUCAUUUCCGAGCUCCUAAAGAACACUCUACUUGUCAUGAAAACAAGUGGAAUUCUGGGGCCAAGUAAUCCUGUAGGAGGGGACAGUUUCUGGAAGUUAACAUGGGUGCAUGUCCACAAUAUAUGCCCAUCCCUUCAGUCAGAAGUGUUCCCCACAAAUGAAUUAGAGCAGUUGGAAAACCAGCAUAUCCAAGCAGGUUGUAGUCCUCUUUCAGAGGGAAAUGUUAUUGUCUCACCUGGUAAUAGCACAGCUUGAAGAUAAAGUUCCCAUCAGGGAGGCGUUUGUACAGUUAAAGCGACAUAUUUUUUGUCGACACCAUCAUUAGCGUAAGCAGAUGGUGAAUUUUGCAGCUGAGAACCAGUUAAGCUUAACUGAUUUAUUGAAGUGCCUUUGCAUGCUGCAGGAGCAAAUCUGAAAUCAGCUUCUUCGCGGUUUGCUUUGGUUUACAGGUUGUGAUAUCUUCAUCUGAAAUAUUUAUAGUGUUUUUUUUUUUUCACUCUUUAAAAGGCAUAUGCAGCUCUGUUGGCUGUCGAGAGAAGAUUAAGAAAGGGGGUUACUUUGAUGAAAUUUUGUGACGCCAUCGCGGUUGCUGUACUUAAGUCUGGUAGUUAUCUACCAUUUUGACAGUACAAUACUAGCAUACUAGUGCAAAAUAGUGAUUGAUAGUAUGAAAUGCUACGAUAAUGGUUUAUACAUAGUUUUCUUGAAAUAGCAUGUUUCGAUUGACUGAAAAA